AUGUACGGGCGUCUGGAGGAGGAGAAGGUCUUGGAAUAUUGGAGAGAGAUUGACGCAUUUCAGACGAGCUUGAAGCUUUCCGAAGGGAGACCGGAAUACUCUUUCUACGAUGGUCCACCAUUUGCAACUGGCUUGCCACACUACGGUCAUCUGCUUGCCGGUACGAUCAAGGACAUCGUUACGCGGCAUGCCCACGCAAAUGGCUACCAUGUAAGUCGGCGCUUUGGCUGGGAUACACACGGAUUGCCCGUCGAGCACGAGAUCGACAAGAAACUCGGUAUCACCGGACGCGAAGACGUGAUGAAGAUGGGCAUCGCCGCAUAUAAUGCUGAAUGCCGCUCCAUUGUCAUGCGAUAUGCCGGGGAAUGGCGCCGCACGGUCGAGCGAAUGGGCCGCUGGAUCGACUUCGACAACGACUACAAGACGCUAACACUAGUUUCAUGGAAGGUCUGGUGGGCAUUCAGUGAGCUAUACAAGAAGGGGAUGGCUGGUCAAAAUUACAAAGACGUCAGCGAUCCUGCCGUCACCGUGGCAUUUCCACUGCUGGACAACUACGCCUUGGACACUCCCUCCAACCUCGCCCUUUGCGUGCACCCUGACUUCACCUACGUCAAAAUCUAUGACGAAGAGCGCGACCAGAAUUUCAUCCUCCACGAAAAUCUCUUACUACCUUGUACAAGGACCCGAAGAAAGCCAAAUUCAAGAAGCUUGGCACAUUCAAGGAUAUAUCCGCUCUUUGAAUACUUCACUGAGCAGUACGAGGACCGCGCUUUCCGCGUCGUCAAUGACACCUACGUCACGAGCGCAGACGGUACAGGUAUCGUCCAUCAGGCACCCGCCUUCGCACUCGUAUCCGUUCUGCUGGCGCUCGGGCACUCCAUGAUUUACCGCGCCAUCCCGGUGUGGAACGUUCGUGUGACCCCGAUUGUCGACCAGCUCGUUGCGAACAAAAGCAGACGCGAUGGUGAGGUACCACAAAACGUUGGUGACAACAGAUUCGGCAACUGGCUGGCGAACGCGCGAGACUGGAACAUCUCGCGGAAUCGUUACUGGGGUACUCCCAUCCCGCUGUGGGCUAGCGAAGACUUGGAGGAAAUAGUAUGCGUUGGCUCCAUAGAGGAGCUCGAGAAGUUGUCCGGUGUAACGGGCAUCACCGAUAUACACCGGGACAAGAUCGACCACAUCACCAUCCCCUCAAAACAGGGCAAGGGCCAACUCAAGCGUGUCGAGGAGGUUUUGACUGCUGGUUCGAGUCCGGAAGGUAUCAUGCCCUACGCACAGAUCCACUAUCCCUUCGAGAACAAGGACAAGCUCCAGAACACCUUCCCGGCCGACUUCGUGUCGGAAGGUAUCGAUCAGACACGAGGUUGGUUCUAUACACUCCUGGUACUGUCGACACAUCUGUUUGGCACUGCACCCUGGAAGAACCUCAUUGUUCAUGGUCUCGUUCUCGCUGCCGAUGGGAAGAAGAUGAGCAAGAGUCUGAAGAACUACCCCGACCCCAAUCUCAUCAUCAACCAGUACGGUGCAGAUGCCACACGCAUGUUCCUUGUAAAUUCGCCUGUGGUGCGCGGCGACAACCUCCGCUUCCGUGAGGAGGGUGUCCGCGAAGUGAUCUCCCGCGUCCUUCUCCCCUGGCUUAACUCACAACGCUUCUUCCUCGGGCAAGCCGCAUUGCUCAAGAAGACCUUCGACCGCGACCUCCGGUAUGAUGCGCACGCGCCCGUCUCAUCCAACGUCAUGGACCGCUGGAUCCUCGCUCGUUGCCAGUCGCUCAUCAAACUCGUGCGUGAGGAGAUGGCCGCCUACCGGCUCUACACCAUCCUCCCGCGAUUGCUCGACCUUGUUGAUGAACUGACCAACUGGUACAUCCGUUUCAACCGGAAACGGUUAAAGGGCGAGGACGGAGAGGAUGAUACGGUGGCAGCCCUCAAUACCCUCUUUGAGACCCUCUUCACGCUCUGCCGUACAAUGUCAUCUUACACUCCAUUCGUGACCGAGAACCUCUACCAAGCAUUACGACCGUUCAUCCCCGAGGACCCCAGUGCAGACGUCCGCUCCAUCCACUUCCUCGCCUUCCCGGAGGUGAAGGAGGAGUACUUCGACGCUGUCAUCGAGCGACAAGUCAAGCGCAUGCAGUCCGUUAUCGAGCUCACUCGCAACGUCCGCGAGCGGCAUAACCUCUCGCUGAAGACCCCUCUACGCGAGUUGCUCGUCUUCCAUUCAGACGAGGAGUACCUGGAUGACGCGCGUAGCCUCCAGCGCUACAUCGAGUCGGAGCUCAACGUCCGGAACGUGGUCUUCACAUCGGAUGAGCACGUCGCCGGCGUGCGCUACCGCGCGGUCGCAGACUGGGCCACCCUCGGCAAGAAGCUGCGGAAGGACUUGGGGCGGGUAAAGAAUGCCCUCCCUAAAGUCGCCAGCGACGAUGUCCGGUCGUACGUCCAGACGGGCAAGAUCGUUGUAGACGGUAUCCAGCUCGUCGAGGGCGACUUGACAGUACAACGCUACAUCGACCUCCCGGAGCCGGUGGAAGGCCAAGCACAGUACGCGACGCAUACCGACAACGACGUCGUGAUCCGACUCGACGUUCAAGUGCAUGCGGAGCUGCAAAACGAGUGGUUGACGCGCGAGCUCACCAACCGCAUCCAGAAGAUGCGUAAGCGCGCGGGGCUGCAGGCGACGGAUGAUGUCGAUGUCUUCUACGCCUUCGAGGAGGGCACAGGGGCAGAGCUGUUGGAGGCCAUGCGGGAGUACGCGGAUACCAUCCAGAAGACCGUGAGGAGCGUGCCGGUCGACGUGAGCAAAAGGAAGCCGACGCAGAAGGUGCUGAUCGAGGAGGAGCAAGAGGUCGCGGAUAUCAAGUUCGUGCUGUCAUUGGCGUGGCCUUGA